ACAUGUCAAAUUUCGAUUGUAUACAAAACAAGCUGAGCAGAGCAAACAAAAAUUUUCAAAUUCAAUUCAAAUCAAUUGUCGCAAGGCCGUAUAUUUUAUAAGUGUGUAAAAUGAGAAAUUGUUUUGUGCCGCAUUGUGAUGCAUUUUGCAAGAAAAAUGGAGUUUUAAAACGGAUGAUGUUCUCUGCGCCAAAAGACAAUUUCGAGAGCUGGAAGAAGAAAUUGUUCAACAAACGGGAAUUUCGUGAAACGGACCGUGUGUGCGAGCGUCAUUUUGAUCGAACACAAAUUCUAACACAUUGGGAGCACAUCAUCGAUGGCAAAGUGUGUCAAUUGGAACGGGAAAAGCCGAAAAUUAAGUCGAAUGCAGUGCCGUAUUUGAACCUACCCGAUACGUUUUAUUUGGCGACAACGGCGAAAAAGCGUGAAGCCAAAGUGAAGCCAGAACCGAGAAAACGCAAACAAAACCACACAAAUCCGGGCAACAACGAAAAGGCAAUCAAAGAUGGAGCACAAUGCGAAGAAAAUAAUGAAUGGGACACAGUAGCGGUGUUCGAUGUUGAUACCACAGAAAGUCCAAAAGUGCAGAGAAUAAACGCGAAAUCGCAGCCGAAUGGGGUGAAGACCCAAGAUGGCCUGAGUGAUGCGGAAAAACGUCAAAUAUUUGACACCGUCUAUGAUGACAUCUACGAAGUUGUGCUACCAAACACGCUGUGGGGCAUUCACAGAGACCCAGAAGAUCGUCAAUACAUCGCUUUCACAAUGUUCGAUGCCAGUGCGAUGAACAGUGCGAUUGCGGUAAAAAUUACGGACACAUUCAGUGCAAAAGUAUUCGCAAAUGGCGUAGAAAAGACAAGCGAAACGUUACCCGAACUCAGUGUGGAAGUGCUAACAAAGCUGGUUAAUCAGCUAAACGAAAGUGCUGAAGGGGUAACCGAUGCAAAGCCUUCCAAAUAACACGAAUGAAAUAUGUAUAUAUCGUAAGCGUUGUAUCAAUCGAUAGGAAAUAAGACUUUUUCCAAUGUCCAUGUCGCUGCAAAAUAAGGCUAAAUAAAAUUCAUAUCCAAUAAGACGCAAAAAAUAACCCGAGGUCGUUCCUUAAUCUUUUCUAAAAAAAAGUUUUCAUUUAUUCACAUAUUUUAAUUCGAAAGUUAACAUAAAUUUGCAUUUUUUUUUAUUAAAAUAAUUGGUGACGAUAGAAUUUUUGUUUGUUGUUUUAUCUUGUUUUUUUUUUUAAAUCAUCAAUAUGUUACACUGUUUUUUCCAUUUGUUGAAUAUUUGAUACCAAAAAAAACAGCAAGUAGAUAUAACA